CGAUUUGAGCGUGAUUUGAACAUCUCAGCCCAAUAACUUGUCGUCAAAUGCGGUAACGUACGCAUAUCGCGCAAGGAAGGAUGUACGUCCAAAACGAUGACAAUUUCGAUAUGGGGUCCGAGAGUUCGAGCUCUUCGCUGCAUGAAAUUCCGAUGGAGAUGGACUUGACAGCUUCCGGACCACCAAUUUCUGACGAUGAGACGGACCUCGAAACAAGAGACAGGAAAUACAUAAUUUAUGCGAAACGAAUACUGCCCCAUGUCGGACUGGUCUGCUUAUUAUUUGCGUAUCUCCUUAUAGGUGCUACUAUUUUCCAUGCUAUUGAAGGUCCCAAUGAGCUUGUGCAGCGAGAUUACGAGCUUCGUACAAUCUUCGGUUUGCGGGACGACUUCCAGGAUCAUAUAUGGAAUAUAACACAGGAUGUUGAUAACAGAAUUUCUCGCGAAGCGUUCAAUUCGAUAAACCAAGAGUAUUUCGAGCAACUAGUUAGGAAUAUCUUCGUAUCGUAUAGGAAUCAAUUUAUUAAUGAGAAUCAUUUGAUGAAUCGAACUAGAGGCGGGGGACUGCUCUGGACUUUCCCCAAUAGUAUUUUCUUCGCAACCACCGUAAUUACGACUAUCGGUUAUGGCAACUUGGUUCCCACGACCACGUCAGGAAGAGUAGCAUGUAUUAUUUUCGCAUUAUUUGGGAUUCCCUUACUGCUGGUAACCAUUGCCGACAUAGGAAAAUUCUUGUCCGAGUUCCUCAGUUUUCUGUACAAAUCCUAUAGAGCAUUCAAGCGCAAGAUCCGGAAACAAUCGCGACGUAUUUCUCUUCAUUAUCGCUCAACUUCACAAUCACAUAACAGCGACACUGGAUCAUCCAAGGCUGGCUCCUUAAAUUUGCACGAAAUGGACAGUGAUUCAGAAUCCUCAAUGGAAGACGAGCUACGAAUACCGGUGUUUAUGGUGCUUUUUGUACUUUUAGCCUAUACUGCUAUAGGUGGCUUUCUUUUCCAGUCCUGGGAAGGUCUGCAGUACUUUGAAGCUUUUUACUUUUGUUUCAUUACGAUGGCAACUGUGGGAUUCGGUGAUAUUGUACCUACAGAGCAAGUUUAUAUGUUUUUCACUAUGGCCUACAUUAUUUUUGGAUUAUCUUUAGCUACAAUGUGUAUUGACUUAGCGGGUACAGAAUAUAUACGAAAAAUCCAUUAUCUUGGUAGUAAAAUGGAAGAUGCAAAAGGCGCAGUAAUCUCGGGUCUCCAAGUUGGUGAGCAUCUUCUCAAACACACUGGAAUCGAGGUGAUGAAAACUGCAGGAGGAAAGUUGGUCCAAGUUCGAGGAGCCGUGCUGAACUCAAAGCAGGCUCGUGAACUUGGUGUCGAAUACAUUUUGGCUGAUCUGCAAUAUCAGCAAAAGAAUAUCCUCUACGAACCUUUGAGUCCAACAGUAGCUAAACUGGUAAAGGAAAGUAAUAUCAAGAUACUGCCAGAUGACAUAACUGAGAAGGACGGAUAUAUUGUGCAAAACAAAAGCUAUGACAAGCCAGCACUUGCCAAAAAAGGAUAUGUUCGUGUCAGUGGGAAUAUUAUUCAUAGGGUUGUGGUGCCUAACAAAAGAGGACCACCACUUAUAAUUCCAUGCCUUGUGUACAAAGAGACGGAUAUUUGAAGUGUAUAAGACUAUUAAUAAAAACUUCUC